AUGGCCAAGUCAUCACGCCGCAAGACGCCCGCGUCGUCGCCGGUCUCAUCGGGCGCUUCGACUCCCAGCUCCGCGUCCGCUGGUCCCAUUCCACCGUUUACAAAAGUGCCCGCCGUGCUAAAACCCUUUGUCGAAAAGCUCGUCCCGGAGGAAGUAUACUUGGUUCAUAUCGAUACAACAGCCACAGACCUGAAAUGGCAAACUUUCCUUGUGCCAUCAGUGGUCAACGUCGUUGUGGCUGCCGUCAUAGCUCUGCGAGUCUACUGGGGAUGUAGCACCUACCCUGCGCUGAUUGCAAUUUUCUUGGGAAUGGAAAGCUCUCUUAGCUUCGAUACCUCAAUGGCUUCCUGGAUGGAGAUCACACAGGUCAUUCUCAGACGGACAGGCACGAUUCUGAUCGACUACUUUCUCGUGACACUAUUCCUGUCCUGGCCGUUUCACUUCAUCACGGGCCCCGUGCGCUGGCGCCGUGCAGUCGGAUUCCGAGACCGUGAAAUCAUUGUUCGCCGCAGUAGCCGAAGCUGGAGUCACAAGCUGGAGCGUAAUAAGUGGAUUCGUCAUGACGAAAAGAUGCGCGACAAGAUUGUUGCAGCUGUCACUCCCGAGAGGCUAGGAAAGACUGGCUACCUUCUCGUCGAUGAUGACUGGAACCUGGAUUACCAGGCCAUGAUCCGCGCCCAUGCCUUGGUUGAUCUCACGCGGAAGGGCGAGGGCGUUCAGCUCGACGAGUUCCGUACAGCUGUGCUGGUUCACACCGAUGCAGACGGCUGGCUAGUCUGGCGUGUUGCAGAUGAGAACACGCCUGCCGGUCGUGAGCGCAACGCUCACCGAGAUCAAAUUCUGACCUUCAAGGACAGGCUCGCUGCCUUAGGUAAAGAGGACUUGUUCUUUCGCUGGGUUGAGUUGGUCCAGUGGGAGAGUUCACGGCCGGGCGGUUUUACCCCGGAAAGACAGCAAUCAACAAUGGUCCAGGUUCAACAGAUGUUCGAGAAGGAGAACAUCAGCUUUAGCGAAUUCUGGGAUGACUUGGGAGGCAUGGAAGGCAUCGAGAUGCCACCGCAAUAA